AUCUCAUCUUCUCUCUCUCUCUCUCUUUCUCUAAAAGAACCAUUAAUACACAAACCUAAAAAAAACUCUGUCUUGAACAGCUUAUGUCUCAAAGACCUCUGAUUCCUCAUUCUUCUUCUAUAGCUUUUGGUCUCCAUUCUCAUCUCUUAAUCUCCAGUGAGAUCAGCUCUAAUUCUAACUGGUCUCUCUAAGAAAAAUAAACACAACCCAAAAAUAAAAAUCUAACCUUUUUUUUUUAACUUUCUCUCUGUUUCGUUCAAUUUUCUCGCCGAUUUUCCCGGAAAAAAGGGAUCUUUUUUAUUUUACUGAUUUCGAUUUUCGAUUUCUCUGAGAAUCAAAUUCGAAAAUGGGUCUCAAGGGUUUUGCUGAAGGAGGUAUCGCUUCAAUUGUUGCGGGUUGUUCGACCCACCCGCUUGAUCUAAUCAAGGUCCGAAUGCAACUUCAAGGCGAAUCAGCUCCGAUUCAGACCAAUCUCCGACCAGCUCUUGCCUUUCAAACUUCGACCACCGUCAACGCGCCUCCUCUACGCGUCGGUGUAAUCGGAGUCGGAUCUCGUUUAAUCCGUGACGAAGGCUUGCGUGCUCUGUUUUCCGGCGUCUCCGCCACCGUUCUUCGUCAAACUCUGUAUUCAACGACUCGUAUGGGUUUAUAUGAUAUCCUCAAAGGAAAAUGGACCGACCCGGAAACAAAAACGAUGCCUUUAACAAAAAAAAUUGGUGCCGGAGCCAUCGCCGGAGCAAUCGGAGCCGCCGUUGGGAAUCCUGCUGACGUGGCGAUGGUUAGAAUGCAAGCCGAUGGUCGUUUAACGUUGGCUGAGAGAAGAAACUAUAAAAGCGUUUUAGACGCGAUCACGCAAAUGAUUCGCGGUGAAGGCGUUACGUCUUUGUGGAGAGGAUCGUCUUUGACGAUAAACAGAGCAAUGCUUGUGACGUCAUCGCAGUUAGCUUCGUAUGAUUCGGUUAAAGAGACGAUUUUGGAGAAAGGGUUGUUGGAAGAUGGGCUUGGGACUCAUGUUUUGGCGAGUUUCGCUGCUGGGUUUGUAGCGUCCGUUGCUUCGAAUCCGGUUGAUGUGAUCAAGACGAGAGUGAUGAAUAUGAAGGUGGAGGCUGGAGUUGCGCCGCCGUAUAAAGGAGCGGUUGAUUGUGCUUUGAAAACGGUGAAAGCGGAAGGGAUUAUGGCUUUAUAUAAAGGUUUUGUCCCGACGGUUUCGAGACAAGCACCGUUCACGGUGGUUUUGUUUGUUACGCUUGAACAAGUCCGCAAGUUGUUCAAGGACUAUGACUUUUGAAUAACAAGAGUUGAAUUAUUGAAGAAGACGAUGAUGAAUGAUGUUGGCGACAAUAAGCUUUUUUUUUUCUUUGGGUUAUAAUUUUCAUUUGAUUAAUCGAGUAGUUUUAAAUUGUUUUCCAUUUGUUCGAAUAGAUCUAUGAUAUGAAAUUUCUUCUCAUGACUUGAGAAGAGAGAACGAAAGAAACAGUUCAUUUGAUUCAUUAUUCAAGGCAGUGAAAUAUUUAGAUUCGUUUAUGUUAAUUUUGAACUAUGUAAUAUAUAUUCUUUUCUUUUUCUU